GGAAACAGACUCUUGGUCUUUGGGGAGCCACCCAAAUUGACUAAGGGAAGACGGAGGAAAAUUCCCUGGAUCCCUGCAGGGUUAAUUUAUUAAAAAAGGAAAUUGAAAAAUACUCAACAUGCAAAAGUCUUGUGAAGAAAAUAAAAGAAAACCACAGAACAUGCCAAAGGCUGAGGAAGACCACCCUUUGGAAGCUGUACCACAGGAGGCAGAAAGAAAUCCUCAACCUUGUGAAGAAGGUGUAAGCCAGGAAGCAGAAGGAAACCUUAGAGGAGGGCUGAUUCAGGCUGGUCAGGGAUACAAAGAGGAUGCUCCUGUUAGGCAUUUAGACCCUAAAGAAAUGAUAAGAGGAACAGAUGAGUUGGAAAGGCUUAGGGAAGAGAUAAGAAGAAUAAGAAGCAAGUUUGUGAUGAUGCAUUGGAAGCAAAGACAUUCACGUAGCCAUCCUUAUCCUGUGUGCUUUAGGCCUUGA